AUGGCUGAAGAGGGAUUAGGAACUCAUAAUGGUGGAGAUGGACCAGCCAUACCUCCCAGAAGGACCCUAGGUGAUUACGCACAACAACAUGGUCCUAGGCAUUUCUCCAGUAUUGCAGUUCCAAAUACUUCUAUAGCUAUAGAGAUGAAGCCUGCCUUCCUUACUUUGGUUAGCUCACAACAAUUUGCUGGCCUAGAUCAUGAAGACCCAUACUCACACCUGUCAAAUUUUUAUGAGCUAUGUGGAACAAUGGGAAUACCUGAAGGUGAUGAGGAAGCUGUAUACUUGAGAUUCUAUCCAUCAUCCAAGUAUAUUAAGGCCAAAUUAGAAAUCACAACUUUUAGGCAAGGUGCAGAUGAACCAUUUUUUGAAGCUUGGGAGAGAUUUAAGUCAUUGCUUAGAAAAUGUCCUAACCAUGGAUUUGAAGAUAUAGCUCAACUCAAUUUCUUUGUUAAUGGAAUCAAGCCUGAGGUGAAGAUGUUAUUAGAUGCAGCAGCUGGUGGAACCAUGAUGUCUAUUGAAGCACUGACUAAGCAGAUGGCCAAAAUACCACAGCAGCUUCAUGCCAUUGCUUCCUCCCCAGCUCAAUCAAAUUCUUCUUUAAAGUGUGAUUUUUGUGGGGGAGAUCAUCCCAAUGGCCAUUGUUCUAAGAACUCAAAUGAAGAAGAGGGGAAUCAAGGUUGGAAAAACAAUAACAACCAGGGAUAUGGAUGGAAGAAUGAAGCUGGACCAUCCAAUAGGCCACCAUCACAACAACAACAACAACAUCAACCUGUUUAUCCCUCUAUGCAUGAAAGAACCAGUAAAUUGGAUGAGACUCUGAACCAAUUCAUGCAGGUGUCUAUGAACAACCAGAAAAACACUGAAGCUUCCAUCAAUAAUUUAGAAGUACAGGUGGGUCAGCUAGCUAAGCAAUUAGCUGACAUGUCUGGAGGCCCAUUUUCAGCCAACAGCAAGACCAACCCCAAGGAGUAUUGCCAAGCCAUAACAACAAGAAGUGGGAAGGUGGUAGGUAGUGAUGUUGGGGUAAGUGAGAAAAAUGAAAAGAAAGAAAAUGUUGAAUUGAGGGAGGUUGAGGAAGAGUGUGAGAAGAAUGAGGAAGAAAACGAUAAAAAUGAGAGUAAAGAAAAAGAAAGACAGUUCUUGAGAUUUCUAGAUAUCAUAAAGAAGCUCCAGAUUAAUAUUCCCUUCACUGAAGCCAUGGAACAAAUGCCCACUUAUGCUCGGUUCAUGAAGGAAUUGUUGACUAAGAAGAGAAAAAUUCUUAAAGAAGAGACUAUGGAGCUUGAGGCAGGAUGCAGUGCUAUUAUACAGAAGUCUUUACCUCAGAAAUCCAGAGAUCCAGGCAGUUUCACUCUCCCAGUAUCAAUUGGUAAUUUAUCAGUGGGUAAGGCACUCUUAGACCUUGGAGCCAAUAUUAAUUUGAUGCCUUUAUCUAUGCUGAAGAAGAUAGGAGAAGUGGAAGUAAGACCUACAAGAAUGACCUUGCAGUUGGCAGACAGAUCCAUCAAGUUUCCACAUGGUAUAGUGGAAGAUAUGAUAGUGAAGGUUGAUAAGUUUAUGUUCCCGGUUGAUUUCAUAGUCAUGGAUAUGGAAGAGGAUGUAGAAGUUCCUUUGAUAUUGGGCAGACCCUUUAUGAAGACAACUCGAGUUAUCAUUGACAUGGAUGAUGGAAAGCCAAAGGAUAGGGUCCAAGAUGAGGAAGUGAGUUUCAAUGUAUUUGAAACAACGAAUUUUCCAAAAGGCAACAAAGAUUGGUUUAGAAUUGAUGUAUUAGAUGAUGUGUACUUGGAAACUCAAAAUGAUUUCAAGAGCUCAUCGCCAUUGGAGAAGGCUUUGCCUAUCUCUAACGAAGAAUUGGAUAAGGUCAUUGGUAAAGCUUGUCAUUUGCCUAUGGAGUUGGAGCACAAAGCAUUUAGGGCUUUGAAGGCCUUAAAUUAUGAUUUGAAGGCAGUAGGGGAGAAAAGAAAGCUCCAAUUGCAUGAACUAGAAGAAAUGAAGUUGUAG